CUAAAGUAACUUCCAUACGAGAUGAAAGGAGCGGCGCGCUGAGCGGGAGCAAUGCUAGGCGUAGAGUAGAGAAACUUCACCUAAAGUAUCGAUCCGAUACCAAUACUAGCGUUGAUUACGAUUGAUCUUCCCACACCUGUUGUGAAGGUUUCGGGAGUAAGCUGCUGGAUUCACUCUUAUGAAUGAUCAGAUGGUGAGAGUAUUUAACACCGGCCUGUCAGCAAUGACCUGAAACCGGACUCGAGCAUUUCUCAUGACACAAUCCUCUGAGAGAUCUGCCUUUACAUGCUGAGAUCCGAUGGAUCCAUGUCAAGACCCCGCCGGGAGACCCGAGGGUCCUGUGUUUCUGGGAUGGGAUGGUCCUGUCUUCUCAGAGCAGGAUUAUCUGGAUUUAUACACAGCCCUUUCUGACUCCGCAGCCGAUCAGAGGAAUCAGGAGCAGGUGAAGAACGAGGAACCCGCUGCAGGAUCAGAGCUGAAGCAACCUGUUCCACACAGUGACCGCAGUAACAUGGACGCUUGGAGCAUCACUUUAAUUGAUUCCACACAAGGCAGUAACAGCAGAACUGCAUCGCUCUGCGUGUCAACAUCGCAACUGCUCUCAGAAUACAGGCUCAAUCAUGACGAGGUUAACUCGAGCGUGGUGUGGGCCCGCGUGGCCCCUGUGCACGCGUCUCUCCUGGAGUCCGCUGAACUUCUCUUCAAUGUGUCUGUUCCCUGGCUGCCCGUGGAACUGCCGUACAGAAGCAGAUUGAACAGCACAGCCCAGGAGCUGAUGGAGGCGGUGCUGGUGACUCUAGAUCAUUCUGCCUCUGUCAGUGGACAAUACCUGAUGAAACUCUGCGACUCAGAGGAGUAUCUCAGAAGCGAUGAAAUCCUGGGAUUAUAUGAACGCAUCCAGGUGUAUGAGAAGUUUGCUUUGGAUGUUCCAGUGAGGAUGGUGCUCAAGGACUCCGCUGACAAAACACUGACACGAGAUGAGGAAGACGACCGCCAGAUGUUUCAUUUUAAUCAAGUCCUCGCUUCUGCUUGUGCAUUCAGCACUUUAAGGUCGGGUCUGCAGGAGAAACUGUGCAUCUACAGCCAGGCAGUACACAAGCUCUUGAGAAGCUGGUGUGAUGUCGGUGCGAGGGAGGUUGUGGAGAGCGUUCAUGCCGUGUGUGAACAGCUGUGUGGCGUCACUACAGCAGAUCUGGAGGACGCCGUCGGGCGGAUCCAGUGCUACGCUCCAGUCACACUGACUCCAGUCGAAAUGUGUGACUGUGAAACUGCUGUAGUCAUGCUCCAUCACGCUCUGCUGAAGCUGCUCCACAUUUUCUUCACAAACUUUGAUUUGGACUUCAGAGGACAGGAGGACCAUCCGAAUCCACCAGCAGCAGACGUCAAGCACAGCAGCUGCAUGCUGCAAGUCAACCUGACGUGCCUCUACAGACUGCUGCCGGGCUGGAUAAACAGUUACGAUCACUUGAGCGUGAGCUGCUCGCUCACAUACUGCGGCAGGAAUCUGACUGAACCUGUGCUGUCUGAGAACAUCAGCACGUCCCUGCAACUCAGCUGCAAGAUCCAGUGCAACCGUCUAUUGGUGUUUCCCGUUCCAGUACAGGAGCUUCCAUAUGAAUCAAUGUUGUCUUUUCAUCUACUGGGCUCGAAACAGGCCAAACACCCCGAGCUCCUGUGCUGGGCGGUCCUUCCUCUUUUUAACAACAGGACUGCGGUUCAUGGCACGGUUCUGCUCAGUAUGUCCACACAGGUGUUUCCCGUCUGUCCUCCGUCACCGGCGCUGAGCGACGGCCAUCGACAGCCCACUGGAGUCAUUCUACAGAUGGAUUUCCCGGAGUCUGAGCAGUGGCGAUAUGAGCGAGCGGCGGCUCGGCCCGAAGCAGUCCUGGAGUCGGCGCUGUGUGAAGAGCUGCAGAAGAGAGUGACAGAAGUGUGUCAGAAACACAGCCUGUCGCUCAUGACUGACAACGAGAAGGCCUUCCUGUGGAGCAAGCGGCACAUCUGCAGCCAGAGGAACUCACGCCUGCACUUGGUUUUGGGCAGCGCGUCGCAGUGGAGACCGCAGAACCUGCCGGAAAUAUACUCCGUCCUGGAGCGCUGGAGCCCCGUGAGCGCUGAGGAGGCCCUGUUCCUCCUGAGUGAUGAGUUUCAUGACCAGCGCGUGCGUUCAGUGGCGGUGCAGUGUUUCCAGCAGAUGUGUGACAGUGAGCUGGAGGAGUUUCUGCCGCAGCUGGUGCAGGCUCUGAAGAUGGAGUGGGAAAUUGACGGGCCAUUGAUGAAGCUUCUGCUCUCCAGAUCUUUGCACUGCAUCCGUAUCGCUCAGCAGCUGUACUGGUUACUGGUGGACGCUCUGGACGACUGGCUCUAUAAGAGUUGGAUGAAUAAGGUUCUGUCGGCGCUGAAGCACUGCUGUGGUCGCGCUCUGAGACACGAGCUUCAGCGCCAGAGCAGACUGGUGGAUCUUCUCACUCAAGUGGCAGAGAAAAUCCGCACAGCUGACAAAAACAAGAGAAAGGACGUGUUUCGCCGAGAGAGAUGGAAGAUUGUGAGCUUUUUUGCUGAUGGACAGUCCUGCAGGCUUCCAUUAGAUCCAGCGGUCGUGGUCAAAGCUGUGAAUAUUGAGUCUUUUAAGGUUUUUAAUUCAAACGCAGCGCCCAUGGAAGUGUCCUUCAUCACGGCCGACCCGCUGGGCCAGAACUACAGCCUCAUCUGCAAAACUGGAGAUAACCUGCGGCAGGACAUGCUGGUGCUGCAGAUCGUGCGUCUUCUGGACCGCAUGUGGAGACAGGAGGGACUGGACAUGAGGAUGGUCACGUACAGAUGCAUUUCUACUGGACGAGAUCAAGGUUUAGUGGAAGUGGUGCGUGACGCCGUGACGCUGGCGAAGAUUCAUCAGGAGUGGGGUCUGUCUGGAGCGCUGAGGGAAGACACCUUAGAGAAAUGGUUUCAUAUGAGGAACAAGACCAAAGAGGACUACGAGAAGGUCACACACACACACACACACACUCACGCACACACACACAUACAUACACGCAGGAGAGCCGGACUGAUCUGGUCUUUGUCCUGUUCUAGGUUCCCGAGCUGGUUUAACAUGUCCUUUACACCGGGCCGGAAGAUGUCUCUGCUGAACAAGUAUCUGAAGGAGCUGUUUGAAGGACCCUGCAAAGGGAACGAAUACGUCUGCAGCCUGUUUCUGGACGGACCAAACGCUGCGGUCAAGUCAGAAACAGACGCUCAUGUCCGACCGCAGAUUCAGCUCUACCUGUCUUAUAAAGACUAUAAGUUAUCUGUGAUGAUAAAGCAUUUGAAAAAUAUCAGGCUGUCUAACGGCUCGUGCCCGGAUGCAUAUGUGGUCACGCGACUGAGACCUGACCCGCAGGACAAGACCAAGAGGAAGACCAAAGUGGUCCGCAGCAAUGACAAUCCCACGUUCAAUGAACUGAUCGAGUACAGGAACAUGCACAACCUCCACGGACACGUGCUGGAGGUGACGGUGAAGAGCAGGAAGACCUUUGUAGCGGCUACAAACGUGGUUCUGGGAGAGAGAGUUCUGGACCAGGAGAAGUGGUUUCCUCUGGGCUUCUCGGCCGUUUAAAGCAUUACUGAAGCACUCGAGUGAACAUGAAGGCUGUGUCACAGAACCAUCAGCGAUGCACUUCUGAUGGAGAUCACGGAGUAUGGAGGACAAAUGUUGAUCAGUAUUAAUGGAGCUCAUUAAUGAAGAACGGUUUAGAUGCCAGGCCUGGUUUCUCCUCCACGGUCACCUGACGGAGUUUGGGUUUCUCGUCUCGCUCAUCAGAGACAUAAAGACUGUCACGGUCCUAUUCUCUGUAGAGCUGUACUUGAAGUUAUAUUUGAAACGACAGAUGUCUAAAACUGAACUUGGUGAUACUGUGAAGCCGCUUUGAAGCAAUUGCUAUUGUAUGAAGUGCUAUAUUAAUGAAACCUGAAAAAUAUAAAUGGGGUUUAAGAUCUUUUUAGU